AUGAUAGUAGUAAAAUGCCAAGAGGAAGAAAGUCAAAUAUAUUACUUAAUAUACUAUAUUUUAUUUAAAAAAUUAUAUUUAUCUGUGCAUACUGCUUUAGAAGUGAUACGUGAUCAGGAUAUUGAGGAAGAUUGUAUAAUAUUGGAGAAAUUUGGUAUUCCUAUUCCUCCCAAAGUAUUAAAUUUUGAUUUCGGUCCUGGGUUAACCCAGUUUACCCUUGUUAUGAGUGUAUUUUCUAAAUAUUCCGAAUUUCUUUUAAAAUCAAUUGAGGAUUCUAAAGAUGAACGAUUUUUAAAAAGGAAAAUCAUGUUCACCAAGCUGGUUAAAGCUAUAAAUUUGAAGUUUAUUUGUUCAUUUCGCUGGAAAUAUUUUGAUACGGUCCUUUUAAAACGAGUCAAGGAAUAUUUAAAGAUUUAUAAAUCGUUGUGGCAAGAACAUUGUAAAUCUAUGCAAAGGUUACUUGGGGAGUGGAAUGAAGCUACUUGUAUAACUAAAGUGUAUGGGCUUGAACAGACAAGCGAAACCAAUAUUUCGUCUGUUGUAUCCAAAUUAAACGAACUAGUAGAAGAGUGUACCUCAGAGCCAGACCCCAAAGCCCACACAGCUGAAGAUAACUCAAAACUUGACCAAAAGUCCAGUGAAUUGUUAAGGGGAGUGGUAGUGGACGACGAGUAUAAGGAGAGUAUAGAAGUGUUGAAGAGUAAAAUAGAAAACUCACGAUUCACGAGGACUAAUCAGUUACAGUUAAUGGUCAAUAGAAUCAUUGGAAAAUACGAAGAAUUACUAAAUAAAGUUGAGGCGCAUAAUGAUUCACUGGUAUUUCGUUACUUAUUCCUCAAAUUCACCUAG